UGUUGUUUGGUGUGGAGCAGGGAGCAGCAGCAGCAGCACCACUCUCCGUCUAGCAGCGGGACUCCAGGCGGUGCUGACGUCAGCUGGCAGCCUGGGCCGCGCUCGCCGCUCCGGACACAGCGCCGACAAAAAUGCUGCUCUCCGUGCCGCCGAGGGCAGGAAUCAACCCGUACAACGGCUACAACAGCAGAAACAGCAAAAAGCAGUCCUAUGUGUCCUCUGGCCACCAGAUGGCACCCCCCAGUCCCAACACCAACAGUAGCAGCAGCAGUAGUGGCGGGGGAGGGGAACAGCUGAGUAAAACAAAUCUGUAUAUCCGUGGCCUUCAUCCUGGUACCACAGACCAAGACCUGGUCAAACUCUGCCAACCGUAUGGCAAGAUCGUGUCAACUAAGGCCAUCUUGGAUAAAACUACCAACAAAUGUAAAGGAUAUGGAUUUGUGGAUUUUGACAGUCCAACAGCAGCGCAGAAAGCCGUUACAGCGCUCAAGUCCAGUGGAGUUCAGGCUCAGAUGGCCAAACAACAGGAGCAGGAUCCCACCAACCUCUACAUCUCCAACCUGCCAGUGUCCAUGGAUGAGCAAGAGUUGGAGAGCAUGCUCAAGUCCUUCGGCCAGGUCAUUUCUACACGCAUCCUGCGAGAUGCCAAUGGGACAAGCCGUGGUGUAGGAUUUGCCAGAAUGGAGUCCACUGAAAAAUGUGAGGCCAUAAUUCAGCACUUCAAUGGCAAAUUCAUCAAAAUGCCACCAGGGAUACCCGGGCCCACAGAGCCCUUAUUAUGUAAGUUUGCUGACGGAGGCCAGAAGAAGAGACAGAACCAGGGAAAGUUUCUCCAGAAUGGAAGGCCCUGGGCGAGAGACGGAGACUCGGGAGGAAUGACGCUUGCGUAUGACCCCACAGCCUUACAAAAUGGCUUCUACUCAUCGCCCUACAGUCUGGCUCCAAAUCGGAUGCUCACCCAAACAUCUCUCUCACCUUACCUGCAUUCUCCGGUCUCAUCCUACCAGGUGCACAGCCCAUCGUGGAUGCACCAUCAGUCAUACCUCAUGCAGCCACCUGGUACAGUUCUUACACCAACCAUGGAUCAUGCCAUGUCCAUCCAGCCCACAUCCAUGAUGGGACCACUCACACAGCAACUCAGCCACCUGUCCUUGGGCAGUACGGGCACAUUUUCCCCUUGUGUCUAUCCUCCAGUAUAUUCCGGCCAGCUCAACUAUGCAGGGGACCUACAUCCCCCAGUAUACCCCAGUGCCUCCCGCCAAUAUUCCAGUAGAGGAGAAUGGUGGUCAGCAGCAUCAGGUGCAGAUGGACUCACCCCCAGAACACACAAAUUACUCAUACCAACACAACAAAUGAAGUUAUGCUCCCAGGAACAGGGAGCUGAGGGCUCGAGAUGAAUCCAAGCAAAGAGCAUUCAGCUGACGUGAACUGCUCCAUUGGCACCUGGACUUGGUUGUGGAUGACAAAAGGAACUUGUGUGUUUUUAAGACAAAGGACACAUACUUCAUUGGACUUUCUGCUCACAUCCUCAAGAGUUGAACAACCAAAGGUGGACAACUUCUUCACAGAAGCUUUGGUCUAUUUUAAUAUCUUAAAACAAAGGGAUUAAGAAUGGCGGAAACUACACAGAGCACUAUUUUUGUGCAUGUAAUAUAACAAAUUCUUAUGUUUAAAAAAAGCAUUCUGGAAAUUUCAGAGUGAUUCAAGAAAGAGUUAAAACACAACGUGUCUUUUAUUUUUUUUGUAAAAUGUGCAAAACAUUUUUUUUUUUUUCUGAUGUGUGUUUGAUAUUCUAUUUGCAGCAGUAUGGAAACAAAUUGUACAGAUUUAAGAGUUUUGCUGGCAUCGCUGUUACCAUGGGAGGCAAACCGUUUAAAGCUACUUCUUCCUGUAACUGCUGCAAAGAUUUCUAUUUAUGCACAAGUGAUAACAUUGUUUAUAGUUGAAUGAGGUCCAGCUUUGUUUAUUUUUUUUUAUUUUUUUUAACUUUAAACAGUUCUUUCAUAAGUGAACAAAAUGACAAUCAAUUAUCUCUAUUUAUAUUUGAAUUUUAAUUCUAUUUUUUUUAAAGUUUUACAUCAUGGAAACAUUUAUAGAAAAGAAAAUAUUUAAUGUUUUA